UAUAUUUGGAUUCUAGGAGUGCGAGAGGUUUGGUAUGCCCCCUAUUCAGCCAAAAGAUCGUAUCGAGGCUUUUACAAAACGCUUGCCAAAAUCAGCUGAUCGCAAACACACAUCUAAAAGAAGAAAAAACUUCACUGAUGAUGACACAACAGAGGAAAUUAAAAAGCGAAGAAUAGAAAAUAGGCUAGAUGAGAGUAUGGACACCAGUGUUUCAGAUAGUGAUACUGAGAGGACUUCGACAAAAGCAGGUGAAAGUCCACUACAUGAUGAAAAUUUUAAGCCACCUUUACCUCUCACACCUGGCUAUCGAACACCCCCACCACUACCAACAUCUACACCACCUCCUACUCCCGGCAGAACACCACAAUCAGGACCCUGCAGUCCUCAAAUCCAAGAUGGAAACACGCCAGUGAUGAGUCGGACACCAAGUUGUGGAUCGUUAGACAGUGACGCCAACAAUAUUGGUACCUUUUCACCAUGCUCCGCAGCCAAUUCACAAGAGGGCAGCAGAACCGAGUCGCCAACUCUUGACGAUCUGGAACAACAACGCCUGAAUCUGCUGUCAGCUUUUGAGGAUGGGGACACGGAGGGUACGUCAGAUACGGGUGAGAUGAUUACCGUUAAUGGCGAACUCUUCACCGUAACCGAUUGUGAGAAUGGAUCAAAUGAAGUACAGUCAGCCAAUCAAGAUGAAGAUUCUCAGUCAGGUGAUGGGGAUUCUACCAAUAAAACAAAAGGUUACCAUGAGGACAGUAGUGAAGAGGUGCAAGUUCCCCUGAAAGACCCAGGCUACAGUUCCGAAAGGACUGAAAAUGAAGGAUACGAGAGUGGUGAAUUGGAAGAAAAGACUGAGGAUAAGACUGAAGGGACGACAAAGUUCCUGGUAAAAGAUGACUUGACACCAAAUAAAUCUGGUGUCCCCCACUGGAGCAAAUUUUCCAAAGACAUCUCACCACAUCCUCCUAACGAGAACCUAAUGGAAUCAAAGGGGGUUUUCAAGAGAAUUUGUAGCAUACUUAAGAAGACAAUUAAGAAAGAUUCUUAAAAAGAAAAAUGUUUAAGGUAGGUAGGAAAAAACUAGCAUGAUGUUUCUCAUGAAAUGAAGUAUUGAAAAUAUUAUAUUUUUAUACACUGAUUAAGACUAAGACAAAAAAAAACUCUUGUGAAACUCCUAAACUCGAGCUUACAGUAUAUUUUAGGCUUGUAAGUUAUAAAUGGAUUACAUACAUUACACAAUCAGACUUUCACACAUAACUGUUUUUAUUACACAUUUUAACAAUGUACACUUUUUUAUUGUUGAUAUAUUUGUAACCUAAUGCUCUAGGAAAUUGUGCAUUCUUCUAAAAAGAAGAUAUUUGGCAAGAACUUUAAACUGUACCUGGUAUGUAAAAAUGUAACAUAAUUUCAAUAAUUAACCAAUUUCUUUUAUGUCUGUUACUGAACAUUUUUAAAAUUUUACCAAGAAUUGAUGUAAAGUUUGUAUAUAAGCAUAAUAAAGAUUUGUUAAUGUUACUUA